CAACAUAGGGAACUGGCACGUAAGCUGGUGAGUUCCAGAUUCCUGACCAUUGCUCUGUGCCUAUGGAUUUCCAUGGGGACCACACAGGAGAAUGUCCUCUUUUGGCAGCAUGGCUUGUGUCCUUGAAUGUUAGACCAAGAAGAUAUCAGUGAGAUAAUUGCAAUGACUGAACCUGUGGCUGCUGAGAGACCGAAGAAAAAGGUAGUCCCCGCUGGCCUGAGUGGGCGAAGAGCGCUCCCACCCAAUGUCUCCAAUGAGGAAGAAGAUGAGAUCCCUACGAUGGAAGCAACUGGUUUCGUCCCCAGGGGAUUUCAACUGGAUGAUGUUUUGGAAGUCCAGAGAAUCAAUUUGUUAAACACUGAAUAUGAAAUUAAUAAACGGGAACAUCACACAUACUAUUACCACAACUCGAAGUUGAUUGUGCGCCGUGGCCAGUCAUUUGAAAUCAGGAUUUCCUUCAACCGCCCACAUGACCCAGCAAACGAUGUAUUCUGGCUGGAGUAUGUCAUAGGACGAUACCCACAGCAAAAUAAAGGCACGUACAUCCGAGUGCCUUUGGUUGAAGAGCUUGAAAGUAGGAAAUGGGGAGCUAAAAUCACCCACAGAGACAGCAGGGAAGUUACCCUGCGUAUCAUGCCAGCUGCAGACUGCAUUGUGGGAAAAUUCCGCAUGUACGUGGCAGUCUUGACUAAGAUUGGCAUUCUCAGGACAAGACGAAACCCAGAUACGGAUACAUACAUAUUGUUUAAUCCCUGGUGUGCAGAGGAUGCUGUGUUUCUGGAUGAUGAACAAGAAAGGCAAGAAUAUGUCCUAAAUGACCUUGGGGUUAUUUACUAUGGAGACGCUAAAUGUAUAAAAACCAGGACCUGGAAUUAUGGUCAGUUUGAAGAGGGUGUUUUGGAUGCUUGCCUGUAUCUGAUGGAUAGAGCCCAGUUGGAUCUCUCUGGCAGAGGGAAUCCAGUCAAAAUCAGCCGCGUUGGUUCUGCAGUGGUCAAUGCUAAAGAUGAUGAGGGUGUGAUUGUUGGGUCUUGGAACAACAUUUAUGAGUAUGGAGUGGCGCCUUCAUCUUGGACCGGAAGUGUAGACAUUCUGCUGGAAUAUUACAGCUCUAAAGAGCCAGUACGGUAUGGUCAAUGUUGGGUCUUUGCUGGAGUCUUCAACACAUUUCUGAGGUGCAUUGGAAUUCCCGCAAGAAUCAUCACCAACUAUUCCUCAGCCCAUGAUAACGAUGCCAAUCUCCAGUUGGAUAUCUUUGUGGAUGAAAAUGGAAAGGUGGAUUCCAAACUGACAAAGGACUCAAUCUGGAAUUACCAUUGCUGGAAUGAAGCCUGGAUGGCAAGACCUGACCUCCCUGUUGGUUUUGGAGGCUGGCAAAUUGUGGAUAGCACUCCACAGGAAAACAGUGACGGCAUGUAUCGGUGUGGUCCAGCUUCAGUUCAAGCUGUUAAGCAUGGACAUGUCUGCUUCCAGUUUGAUACACCAUUUAUUUAUGCAGAGGUGAACAGUGAUGUCGUCUACUCAAAAGCAAUGACAAAUGGAACUAGGCUGAUUCAGCAUAUUGACAAGACCCAGAUCGGCAGCUUAAUCGUGACUAAAGAGGUGGGAACAGAUAAGAUGAAGGACAUCACUGACCAGUACAAAUUCCGAGAAGGCACAGCAGAAGAAAGACUGGCCCUAGAGACUGCCCUGAUGUAUGGGAUCAAAAGGAAUAUCCCACAGGAUGCCAUACCCAGUAGAGACAUUGAAAUGGACUUCCUAGUGGAAGAUGCAUUACUGGGCAGCAACUUCAAUGUCAAUGUUACUUUCCAAAACAGUACCGAAAACCACUACACUCUGACAUCCUACCUUUCAGGCAACAUAGUAUUUUAUACUGGAGUCCCAAAGGCAGAAUUCAAGAACCACAAUUUUAAGGUGAAACUGGAACCUAUGCAAGCUCAAACUGUCAAGGUGUUAAUCCAGUCAAGCGAGUACAUGAGCCAGUUGGUGGAACAAGCCAACUUGCAUUUCUUCGUCACGGCCCGUGUCAACGAAACAGAAAAGAUUCUGGCCCAGCAGAAGAGUGUUGCCCUGAAAAUCCCACAGCUGCUCUUGAAGGUUCCUGGUGAGAAAGUCGUGGGGAAGGAAAUGCUAGUACUGCUGGAGUUCACCAACCCACUGAAACAGAACCUCACUGACGUCUGGGUCCGGCUUGAUGGGCCUGGCCUGUUGAAACCAACCUCAAAGCAUUUCAAAGAGAUUCCAAAGAAUUCAACCUUGAACAUGGAAGAGAAAUGCAUUCCCAGGCGGGCUGGAGCUCGGAAGCUGAUUGCAAGCUUGAAUUGUGAUGCCUUGCGACAUGUCUAUGGAGAACUGGACAUCAAUAUCCAGAAUGCUGCAUAAUGAUUUUUCUUUCUUCUUCCAUUCCUUAGCCUCACCCUCAAACUCAGUCUUUUAGGAAUUUUAUUACUGGAAACCUUAGUCAUACUCCCAAGGGCUAUAAUCCAGAGGUUGUACAUGCAUACAUUCUGUGCAUAUACGUGAAUUACUGUUCUUUGUAUCUUACUUUUCAGUAGCUGCUUUUGCUUUUGUAGCUUUCUCACCUUGUAGCCUGGACUCACUUUUUUAAUCACUCCUUUAACACACACACACACACAUAUGGCACAAUGCAUUGGGAAUUCUUUUUAUGUCCAUCCCAGCAAGAUGCAGGUGGGUAGGAAGUUAGAGUAGCUGGAUUCUCUGUAUAUGGGGCCCUUACUUUGUGGACUAUUUUCUUUGUCUAGAUUUAACCCUGAAUUGGUUAUAUGCAUCGAACAAAAGGAGGUAAUUGGAUUCCAACAAAAACCACAAUGCAAGACAGAGAAAAUUAAUCAGCAUAGAUAAUGGAGUGGCAAAUCAUAUCACUACUUCUUGUUCAUAUGAUACUCCACACUUCUGAAGCUGAGACAGAAGCCACAGUGUGCAAUAAAAAUGCAUUUUUUAACUAAGUAGACAUUAUCUCAGAACAAGCUUGCCAGUUGGCAAGUUGGGCUUGGUUGCACAAGCAAGUUUUAAACUUUUGGGUCUUCUUGCACACCUUCAGGACAAGUGAGUUCCUAGAGUUCAAAGCCUUUUGAAAAUUAUGGCUGAUAUGAAGAGGACACUGCAAGUUGAAUGAGAAAGAAUGGUGCCCUCUUCUCAUUUUGAAAAGGCAUUGAUUCAUGCUUUAUUUCAAUGGGUCUCACUUCUAUUAGACAUAUAGGUAGAGGUAGGUGAAUUUCAAAAGUCCCUCUUCCUAUGAUCAAAGCCACAUCAUCUGACAAGAGCAAACUGUUCCUUCCCUGACAGGCCACUGCUUGGGAAGGAAGAAGAAGAAAGAGAAAGCAGGAGCAGAAAGAGAAAAGGGGACCCACUUUUGGUUUGGCUCCUCUUCCAUGCCAGCAUGUGAGCCUUCACCGUGGCCACAACAAAGGUCGGACACCCCGAUGUAGAGAUUCGUAGACAGAGAGUAAAAUCUUAGACUGUUCAGUGAUGAGCCAAGAACAGGAUGCCUUGAGAUACCGUAUAACCAAAAGUCCACUGAUAAUGAAGCAGAUUCAUUGACAUUGACGUGAGCUCCAGUUUAUGCUACCCGACUGCACUGCAGCAUCUGCUUUUCACUUCUGUCUGAAGCAAGCCUAGAAAAUCCAUUUUCCUCUAGUUUAUCAACCAAAGCUAACGCAAUAAAAGAAUUGCUUCACCUGGUUGUGCCUCUUCCACUCUGUCUCGAUGCUUACCUUAGCAGCUUUCUUACAGCACCCACACAAUAAAUGCAGUAUGACAACUUCA